AAGAAAGAAGAACAAGGCUCGCCCUAUCAAUAAAUCAACAUCAACAUGCUGCAGUACAUCGCUGCCAGCUGCGCGUUGCUGGCGCUUCUGUGCGCGCCGCCCAACUCGGCGGCAAUCCACAAACGCAGCGGCGCCAGGGCGGCCAAUGCGCUGGGCACCGAAGCGGAAGCGACGCCCACGACGCGUGCGGAGAACACGGAUCUGCUGGAUAAGCUGAGCUGGAAGUGCGCCAACAAUGCCAGCUGCCUGCACAGCGUCGCCAAUGGCAUCGCGGCCUCCUAUCGCCGCGGCGAGACCAUUAAGCUGGGCCUGUUCGAUCUGGUGCGGCUGCCGCCGCUGGACGAGGCGCACAGGCACAAGUGGGGCACCGGCCGUGCUCUAUCCAGCUUCAUGGACUUUGUCAGCGGCAAUGCGAUACGCGUGCCCGUCGGGCCCAUGGUGUUCAGUGUGCAGCGGGCCGAGGACGACAGCGAUUACAUUGAAGUGGCGCUGCUGAAGAAGGCGUCGAGUGGCACAGGACGCCUGCAGGGCAACGGCGGCGGCGGCGGCGGACUCCUGGGUGGCGGCAACGGCGGCGGCGGAGGCGGACUUUUGGGUGGCAUCGGUGGCGGCGACGGCGGCGGCGGUGGCCUGAUGGGCGGACGUCGUCGUCAGCAGCAUCAGGACAAGAAACAGUUCCAAAUGUAUAUACCCAUGUAUCUGGCAGCGACAACCUUUGGCUGGACCAUGGUGGCCGCCAAGGCGGUGGGUCUGCUGACCCUCAAGGCGCUCAUCCUCUCCAAAAUAGCCUUCGUCGUGGCCGCCAUUGUGCUGAUCAAGAAGCUAAUGGACAAUGCCGGCGAAAAAAUGAUGUACCAGUAUCCGGAGCACACGCCCUACAUGAUGCCCUACGGCAUGGACUAUCCGAUGCAUGCUGCGGAGCUGUCGCCAGACAUGUUCCCCGGCGCACUGCAUCAGCUGGCCAUGGCCGGCGGCGGACAGAUGCCGCAUCCCGGCCAUCCCGGACUGGAGAGCAUGGCCGCCGAAAGUCAUCUGCAGUCGCAGGUCUCAAGCGAUGGCAGCAACAAUACCAACCCGCUGGCCGCGCUCGGCGCCUACGGCGGACUAGGCCACAAGAUCAAACGUGAGGACUCUUGGAUAGCGAAGACCACGCCGGCAAGACGACCGCUUAUCUACAACUAUGUGCAACCGCAGAUGCAGCUGCCCUUCUACCGCUCCUAGGGGCAAGGGAUUUCAUCGGAAUCCAAUAGCUAAUUCGUGCAGCUUUGCAGCCCCUACCGCUACCAAAGACCGUUCCAGUGUGAAGAAGGAGGAGUUGGCGAGAAGCUGGAGGAGAGGAGGAGAAGGGAGGGAGGGAGGUACUGCUGCCAUAUGAACAUCUGAUGGGAGGAGGAACGAGGAGUGCUCUGAGCUGCUUAUUAAAAUAAUUAACUUAUUUAUUUAUUGCUAUCUAUGUUUAUUUAUUGAAUUGAAUUGUUCUUAGUUUAGAGAGACCUAACGCACACAUUUAGCCUAGUGAAAUAUGCCUGAAAUUAGCAAGAGAAAAUGCUACAAAAACUGGACAAAAAAAAUAAAUAAUAUC